AUGUCACGGUUACCAGACAAAGCGUUUGCCGAAAAAGUUGUGAAAAAUCGAAGGUUCCAAAUCAUGAACAUCUGGCGCCCUUUGGAACCAAUCUAUAAAGACCCAUUCGCAGUAACCGACGCUCGAUCAAUACCAGAUUCCGACUUGGUUGCCCUCCCCGUAAUCGCCGGAGAUUACACUGAAGAAAGCUGGGCUGCAGAGCCCAAUCCUGCUCAUCGAUGGUACUUCAAGUUCGCUCAGAAACCAGAUGAGGUCUUGAUGUUCAAAUGUUUUGACUCUGGUAAGAAUAAGGACAUCGCCCGUAGAGUACUUCAUGCUGCGUUUACGGACGGGGCUCAAGAGCAUAUGCCCUCAUGA